GUGCCUAUGUUUACAGUUUCUGAAAUAUUUGGCGGGAUUUUGAUGUUGCAGAUAAAGCUAGAAGCAGGCGGUCGUCAUGCCGUUUUAUUAGAUUUAAAAUAGUAUUUUAUUAUUCAUAUUUUCGAAUCGUAAGAUGUAGAUAUGUUUCUAUUUUUUAACGUUCCGUUUCUUAACUCCAUUUAGUUCAUGAGUUGCUUCAUAUGAAAGAACGCAAAAAAUAUAUCUUUGUUUAAAAUAUUAGAUCUUUAAUAAUGAAAGGUAUUAUAAUGUUUGAUAAUUUAAAUGAUUUGACAUUUUUCGAUGUUGAUGAAGAAUUAUCACAACAUGUACAAUAUUUAGCGUCGAAAGAUGGAUUGUUAGAGUUUUCCUCAUUUAAAAACAGUGAUGGCAUCGUAGACAAAAAUGUAAUUAUGCAGUUGUUCUCACCACUGAUUGCUUCUUACAAAGUGAUGCAAGCCCAGUUUGGUAAUAAAUACAAAUACAUCGAGUCUGAAGAUGGAGUGUUACUAGUUUUUGAUGAAAUUUCAAACUAUAUAGUUAUAAGCAUUUGUGACAAUGAAGAGAAACUUGAAGAAAUCCAACAAGAAUUGUCUCUAUUUUUAAUUCUUGUGCAAAUGUUUUUUGGCCCUUCUUUGCAUAUGAUUAAAAAUGACUUAUCCGAAUGUUCUGGAAAGAUUACAAAAUCUGAAUUAAUUGCACAGACUUUGACUAAAUAUAGAAUUUUAAAGUUGGAGCAGCAAAUGUUUCUUAUUGAAGCAAUUGAACGGUUAAUAAUAAAUCAAGAAAUUACAGCCAUGUGUAUAAACUUACUUCAAGAAAUUCUUGAAAAAAUAAGGCAUACUCAUAAAGACGGAGUAUACUCGCAUGCAUUUGCGCUGGUAGAUACUAAGCUUUUGGCUUUAUAUUCUAGCCGAAACUCUGGCCAGUUAUCUAAAGAAACACUUUUGUUACUUAUCCUCAUUGUUCAAGUACUAAAGAAUGGGUCUUCAUCAGAGGAACAAACUGAUGACACAGCCAGAAAUUUAGAUGAUGAGUUUUUCAUUCCUAUAUCUACGAGUGCAGCAAAAAUAAAUUUGCUAACAGAGGGGAAAAAAGUUACAAGCUCAUGGAAGAAAAAUAAACAUGUUGGCAAUAGAUCAGACAAAAUAAAAACUGGAGCUUAUAGUCUUUUAGUAUACUUAAAAUCUCGACCUGGUCUAUUAGUUCCUCACAUCCUUUAUGCCAUAGAAGUGACUCAAAAAAUCACCUUGGUCAUCCUGAAUGAGUUGUCUAACCAAGGAAUGGUAUCAAGCUACAUCGCCUCUCUCAUUAGAGCACUUUAUAACUUACAAAGUCAUCCUUUAGCUCGCACCAAGUAUGGGUCUUUUGAUGUUCUAGAGACCGAAUUUAGAUCUUUGGUUGAUGCUAUAUGGAAAAUGAAGAUGCUUGAUGAAAAAGAGAAGUACAUUAAGAAGAUAGUUGUGAAGUGGGAACAGUUAAAACAGUGUGAAAUAGAGUCAUUUUUCCAGAUGUCAAAGGAAUCUAAUUUGAAUCCUCGAUUAGACUCUGCAAUUUCAUCACUUUGUGAAUUAUUAAGGCUGUUAUUUGAAGAAAUAAUUGCUAAUCCUUGUCAAAAAUAUGAAGAAAUUACUCAUAAUUCAGAGCAUCAAGAGGUUUUAAUACAUCUUCAAAAACUUGGCAUAAAGCGCCUUAAUGAUGUUGCAGAUUUCUUAGAAGUGAAAGCUGUGCAGAAUAUUACCAUGUCCUCGUAUAUAACGGAAUACCCUGGCCUUAUUCAUUUCAUAUAUGUGGACAGAACUUGUGAUUGCUUAAUUGCUCCAUCUAUUUUUAUGAAGAAAGGCCGUCCAAAUGGAGCAGCAUCUUUGAAGAAAAAGAUAUGGAAGAUGGUUACUUUUGGACGAAAAUACAUUGAUGGAGUAAAUAAUUUUUGCUGCCUCUGGAAAGAUGAUGAUCUCAAUUUCUUUUAUAAUGUUUGGUUUGAGGAUUCUACAGGCAGAUUAAUUAAGCCUACAUCAUAUCCUAAUUUGAAGAAAUUCCCUGCAAAAGGAAUCCUUUGUGGAAAUUUUUACAAAAAACUUGUUAAGGAAUGCUUUCCUGAUGCUUCAUUUGAACAUAUCUUGUGCUAUGAAUUUUUCUGUGUUCAUUUGGAUUCAACACCGAAUGAGGUAAUUGUAGAUCACAGUCGAAAAUUAUGUACACAACUUUGGGCUUUCACUGGUGCAUAUAGGACUUCUUUGGAUUUACUAUAAACUUUUGAAAUUAAUUACAGAUGAACCCAGCUAUAAUGAAUUUCAAGGGACUGGAAGUUUGGUUUGCUGCAUCUGAUCCUAUAAAAAAUAUAUUAUCUCACGAAAAUGUUUAAAAAAAGGGGGCAGUUGACAUUGUCUAUCAAAAGAAGUGAAUAUUAAAUAUGAUUUUAAAAAAUUAUAUUAAAAAAUUAUAUUAAAAUUUAGUUAUAAUUACUAUGCUCAGUCAUUAAAUCAGUUGAUUAUUCUUUUCCAGUCCAUAAAUUACUGAGCAUAAAUAUCAUUAGUCUGAUCCUUAUGCAUAAUUAUGUUAUCCAUAACAGUAUAAAACACUAAUAAUGAACAACAGAAAUAUUGGACGACUUUAUUUUUAUCUAACUUCUGAAGACAAAAGUAAGUUAGAACUUUUCUUCAGGAUGAUGCAGAUUGCAGAAUAAUCUUAUCCAUGCUUGCAAAGCAAAGAUUCAACACACUUAAAAAAAAGAAAAAAAAAAAAAAAUGCUAUGUCUAGCAAAAGACUUAAAGAAUGUAAAACUCUUAUUCAAAGAACAUUAUGUAGAGAACAUUUAUACUCAGACAAAACAAUUUGACAACGAUCAUUCCCUGAAUAACUGAAAAUUUUCAUUUUAACAUCAGCUUUGAUUAGAAUUCUGACUGAUAACUCAGUCAAAGCAUUUGAAUAGAAUAAGAGAACCCAUUCAUGUUUUUUGGUCGAAUGGUCACUAACACCAUAUAAUGUUCUCAUUCUCUUAGGAUUGUGUCUCACAGAGUCAUUGUUUUUCACACUUAGUUAAGUGCUAUGAUGUGGUCAGGGGAAGGAUAAAAGAAAAGUAACAUGAAAGUUUUUCCUUUAACGGAUAGAAUGUAGAUUAGAGUGGGAUAAAAAAGCCCUUUUAAAAAUUUUUUAUCACUAUACCUUGGAAAAUUUGCCUAUCACCUAGCAGAGCAAAAUUGUGGGGGGGGGGAUAAUAAAUAAAAUUAUAUUAUUUAGGAGCAGAUCUAGUCUGCUUUCACAUUCAAGCUGACAGUAGGUAAUUCCUGGACUUUAUAAGAGUUUAGAAAAACAUAUUGCUGAAAUUAGGCAGUUGAUAUAUUUUAUUUUGAAUUGUUACACACUUCUUUGGUUCAAAAUAUAAAAGAGCAAAAAUUUCAUAGGCGGUCUAAUACUCUCUGAAGUGAUUAGAACUCAUUGAUAUUUUACUCAAAAUUUACAACUUAUUAACCAUUAAUUCAGUCAGCAUAAUUUAGUGGGACAGUUGCAAUAUCUUUCCUUCUCCAUUAUUAACCCCUUAAGGCACACAUUAAUUUCUAAUUUUCAGUCAAAAAAUCACCUAUUUUUUUUUCUUGCAUAAUCAUGCCAGGGUUAGCUUCAAAUCGAAAUCUCGGUGGUGCAACGUUUGGUUGAUUUAUACUAAUUUGAUACCAAUUCCUUGCUAUAUCCAAAAUCUCGUUGUCAUUAUCUUCCGAUUCACUUCCAUCACUCAAGAAAUCAUCACUCUCAUCGCUGAAACUGUCUGAUAAAUUGGCAUAUUCAAAAUUGUCAUCGUCAGAGUCGCUCAUUAUCAGAUAACUUUUUUUAAAUUACAAAAACACUUAGUAAUAUAAUUUGCAGUUAACUGCUUACUUUUAUUAUAUUUACGUAAUAAAAAUGGAUAUAUUACCUUUUCCACACCAAACGACUACUUUAUAGCAAAGAAUUCCUAGCAAACUUAUAGCUAAUCAUCAAAAUGCGCCA